AUGACAGACGCCACAACCACCAAGGCCCUCAGGGUGGCCAUCGUAGGCGCCGGCAUCGCAGGCCUGACAACAGCCAAGGCCCUGCGCCACUUCUACCCCAAGGAGGCAGUUGACAUCAAGGUCUACGACAAGGCAAAAGCGCUUAGCGAGGUCGGCGCCAGCAUCGGCGUCCACACGAGCGGCCUCAGGAUUCUCGACAGACUCGGCGUCCACGCCGCCCUCGACGAUUCCAUCUGCAUCCGCCAGUCCAGCGGCUCGCCCAUAGCCUUCAGGCACUGGUCCACCGAUGAGGUCCUGGGGAUGCAGGACAGCAAGGUGGAGGGCGGCAUCGAGGAGAAGUAUCGCCCUGCUAGGUUCCACCGUGCUCACCUGCAGCAGGUAUUGGUCGAGGCGCUCCCCGAGGAUGUCGAGUUGAGGCUGGCGACCAAGCUGUCUGCGACUCGUGUCAGCCCAGGCAGUGCUGACCCAGUCACCUUGUCCUUUGAGGACGGGAGCAGCGAGGCUGCGGACUUGCUGAUUGCGGGUGAUGGCGUCUACUCCAAGAUCAGGGCCAGCUACGUCCCCGAUGCUGAGGUCAAGUGGCUGGGCAUGAUCGCCUUCCGCGCUGCCUUCGAUGCUGCCCUGGUUCAGGGGAUAGAAGGGCUCCCUGCAGACGCUGUACGCUGGAGUGGUCCUGACGACAGGAAUUUUGUGUCUGGACGACUAGGCAAGGGCAAAUACGCCAUCGUAGCCCUCCACAACGCCGACCCCAACGACCCAAGAGACCCCUUCUGCAGCGCCGAGUGGGACCAGACGACCAGCCUGGAGCUCUUCAGGAGCCUCUACGGGGACUGGAACCCCAUCGUCCGAGGCGUGGCCAACGCAGCCCCUUACAUCAAGACCUACCCCAUGUGCGCCGUCACCCCGCUCGACACCUUCGUCUUCGACAGCCACGUCGCCCUCCUCGGCGACGCGGCCCACGCCCACGGCGGCGGCGUGGCCAUCGGCGGCUCCCUCGCCAUCAACGACGCCUACGCCCUCGCGCUGGCCCUGACGCACGUCUGGCCCCCUUCCUCCUCCUCCUCCGCGUCCCCGUCGCCAAAGCCCGCCCAGCAGCAGCUGGAAAGGGUCCUGAGGCUGUACGACGAGACCCGCCGCCCGCUCGUCAACCGGCUGCUGGCGGGCGUCCACGCCCUCGCGCAGAAGAGGCGGUGGAUGGCCGAGAAGAAGACGGUCGACGGCGCGGGGGAGACGGACGAGCAGCUCCGGGCGAGGAUUGCCAACAGGCCCGACCUGAGCUGGUUGACGGAGCAUGAUGUCGAGGCCGAGUUUGAGAAGGUCGUCGCCCGGGUUGAGGCUGUUUGAGUGUGAGGUUUGCUCGUGCCGCGUGGACUGAAUACCAAUUCGAGAGCAGUGUGGAAAAUCUAAGAAGCCAUCGUUUCCGAGCGAGUCCUGCUACUGGAC